GUUUCUCGCAGCGCUCCGGGAAAAGCCGUCCAGCUGGCGUGGCCAGCGCGGGGGUGAAUAAACUCUGGGACACAGUCAGCGGAGGAUAUAGCUAUGGCUUCUGCUGUCCAGGCGCCGAUGCCCGUGUGGCUGACGGCGGAGGACCUGCAGUGCUCCAUCUGCCUGGAUCUGCUCAGCAACCCGGCCACGGUGGAGUGCGGCCACAGCUUCUGCCUGGAGUGCAUCCGAAAAUGGGUGGAGGGCCAGCACCGAGAGUGCCCUAUCUGCAAGAGCCAUGUGGACUGCAAGUUGCCCGAGCGCACCGUCUUGCUGAACUCGAUCCUUGAAAAGUAUAACUGCUUAGCCUCCAGCGACCCGCUUCCCACGGGAACCUCGUGUCUGGCGGAGCGCGACUUCCCCCUUGCCGCGCGCGGUUUUCAGGAUUAUAUACUUCAAACCAGAAGCUCUAUUUCAGAAGCCUUCAGUUUUAUGAAAAAGUGCAUUUGUGAUCAAGAGGAAGUGGUGCUAAGGAUCAUUGAAGAAGAAUGGAAAGUGGCUCAACAAAUAACAGACUCCACUGACAAGCAGCUCAACGAAAAAAAUCACAACAUUUUGGAUUUGCACAAGAAAUUUGAGGAAGUUAAGAAAAUGUCAUCAGGGCAAGCAGCUUAUAUUGGUGAUCCCUUUCAGAAGAUCAGCGAUAUUGCUAGUGCUGUUGAAGAGUUAAGGAGACAGCUGGAAGCAGCAAUUUUGAAGAAUUUCCCAGCGCAGCCAUCUCAGAAACCUUUUCCUGGAACCAGCAACAAUAGUGAAGUUACAGAUGAUGGAGCAGAAGAAAUGUUCCUUUCCAGUGAUUCCUUCCCAAGGAAUGAUUCCAUCCAGGAAGCAAGCAGCUCUUCAUCAGCAGCACCAUCUCCAAGGGAUAGAGAAUUGCCAAUGAUUUCAAGUAGAUUUUCUCAGUGGAUGUCCAUUAUAACAUUUGACGAUGAAACUCUUGGUUGCAGUCUUGAGCUCACAGGCAAUAAAAGGAAAGUGAGAGUGUCUCGUACUCGCAAAGAAUAUAAACAUUCCACUAAGAGAUUCUGCAGCAGUCAGGUGCUGGGUUCUCAGAGUUUCUCUGAAGGCCGCCAUUACUGGGAAAUAAACACUGAGGAAUCUUCUCUAUGGGCCAUUGGUGUUGCCAGUGGGGACAUUGGCAGAAGAGACCGACUAGGGAGGAAUGAAUUAUCCUGGUGCAUUGAAUGCAAUGUUCAACAUAUCUCAGCAUGGCACAACGGGCAAGAAAACAACAUUGACGUCGUAGAUAAACCUUUGCGGGUCGGAGUUUUCCUUGACUUUCCAACAAAAAGUGUUUCUUUUUAUUCUCUCACCGAUAAAGAAACGUUCUUACACAAGUUUGAAAUCAAUGCAGCAAAGCCAGUUUACCCUGCUUUUUGGAUUUAUGGUUUAAAUGCUGGUGAGGGUUUAACUAUAAAUGAUAUUCAUAGGAAUUAACUUUAUGCCACAAUUGUAAAUUAUCUUAAUAAGCAUUUGCCUCUAAACACUCUUUAAGAUUUGCUGUUUGAAUUAUCAAAUGCCUCAUCUUUUCCUGUUUUCUGAAUGGGAAUGAGUCUUACACAGGGUGAGCAUGUUGGAAGCUUGCACUGUCAUUGGAUGGAGGUUAGGAGAUGCAGAGUUUCAAAAGAAGGUUUGGGUUUGGGAUGUAUAAAUAUUGUCAUAUAUCAUAAUCCCUGCAUAGCCAGUUACGGAUUGCCCUUGACAUACAAUAGUGAGUUCAGCAUCCAUUCGCAGUUAUGGCAGUGCUGAGCAGUGGAUUUACAACUGAUGCCCAAAGUUAUGGCCAAAGCAUUUCCUAUUUACAUUCAACCCAGAUACCUUUUAGGAUUGAUAGGGGUUCCAUGUGUGCCACCUGUGAAAAUCAGAAUAGAAGCAUAAUGAUAAAAAACACUGUGGGGGAUAUUGAGCAGAUGUAGCAUUAUAUAUUUGCAAAUGAAUAUACUUCAGUGACAAUUAUUUCAGAGUAUAUGAAGAGGUAUUAA